AUGGCCGGCCCCUCUGCAGGCGACGCGCGUCUCAUGGAGCCGCCGACGAAGCGACGCAGAGUCAACGAUGGCAUCACCGACUCGAGGCCGCACCCUGCCUCCCUCCCCGCUCCCCGUAAUCCCUCCUCAGCUUCGGCCUCGCCCUCCCCCGCCGCCCUCGGCCAGCAGCCUACCCCCAAGGGCAUCUCAAUUCGCCGGGGCCGCCCCGCCAGGAGCCCGCCUGUCGACGGCGACGGCGACGGCGACGACGAUGGGCGAUACCCUACAAGGACCCCUUCGAGUUCGCGCGGCUCGCGGUCGAGGUCUCGCUCCCCAUCGCGCUCGCCCUCUAGGAGCCGCUCAUACUCGCAGUCGCCAUCGCGGUCACGCUCCCCUUCUCGCUCGCGCUCACCCUCCCACUCCACCUCCAGAUCGCGCCGCCGCUCCUCCUCAUCAUCCUCGCGCCGCAGCUUCGACUCGCAAGACCCACACGCGCGGCGUCUCUCCCCCUCGGCCUCGCAGCCGCCCCCGCUGCUACCAUCACACAAGCUGCAGCCGCUCCGGCCCCGCUACCGUCGGCGGCUGACCCUGCGCGGGCACACGGCUGCCGUCAGCCAGGUGCGCAUCUCGCCCGACGGCCGGUGGAUCGCCUCGGCGUCGGCCGACGGCACCGUCAAGAUGUGGGAUGCCGCCACGGGCGCCCACCUCGACACCAUCGUGGGCCACAUGGCUGGCGUGUCGUGCCUGGCCUGGGCGCCCGACAGCGACACCCUGGCGACGGGGUCCGACGACAAGGCCAUCCGCCUGUGGGACCGCGUGACGGCGAACCCUGCCCACGCGUGCGGUGCAGGCGCUGGCGGCGCGGGCAGCGGCCGCAUCCCCCGCGUCAUGACCCACCACGCCGCCGCCGUCAAGACGGGCGCCGCCUGGUCCGCCGCUGCCUCGGCCACCGCAGCACCGGGCACCGGCACCCACCGCGGCGGCCGCUCUGGCAGGGGCUCCCUGCUCGGCCACCACAACUACGUCAUCUCGCUCGCCUUCUCGCCCAAGGGCAACAUGCUCGCCAGCGGCAGCUACGACGAGGCCGUCUUCUUGUGGGACGUGCGUGCCGGCCGCUUGAUGCGCAGCCUGCCCGCGCACAGCGACCCUGUCAGCGGCAUCGACUUUUGUCGAGACGGCACGCUGGUGGUCAGCUGUUCUACCGACGGUCUAAUCCGCAUAUGGGACACGUCGACGGGCCAGUGCCUGCGCACGCUGGUGCACGAAGACAACCCGGCCGUAACGAGCGUGUGCUUCGCGCCCAACGGCCGCUUCGUGCUGGCCUUUAGCCUCGACAGCAGCAUCCGUCUGUGGGACUACGUAUCGGGGUCCGUCAAGAAGACGUACCAGGGUCACCGCAAUAAGGGGUUUGCCGUCGGCGGGUGCUUUGGCGAGGUUGCAGAGCAGUCCGAGGAGUCGGGGAUGACGCAAGCGCGGAGGACGAGGACGCGCGCGUUUGUCGCGUCGGCUAGCGAGGACGGCGACAUUGUGCUGUGGGACGUCGGCUCUAAGGAGGUGGUGCAGCGCAUCGCCGGCGCCCACAAGGGCGUCUGCUUCUGGGUUGAUGUUACCAGCCGCGCCGGCGGCACCACCAUGGUGAGCGCCGGCCAAGACGGCACCGUCAACGUCUACAGCCACUCGCCCAAGGGCGGCCGCGGCAGUGAUGACGAUGUCGCGGGGAUGAUGGAGGAUGAUGGCGGCGGGGACGACGAUGCGGCUGCGGCCGCCGACCUGGAACUGCAGCGCCAGAUCGAAGUUGAUGCGCAGUCGCCUGUGCUGCAUGUCAAAGAGGAGCGGCUGUGA